AUGUGCCUCUCAUGCUUCAAUUCCAUCCUGCGUCUUUCACCACCGACACCGUAUCCGAAUGUGACGAUUUUAACUGCCACUGCCACCGCUCGUCGCUCAAAUCUCGUCGGCCCACAUUCCAAGUCUCCUCUUGCCACCUCAUCUGACUCCACUGCACCUUCGUAUUACCCGUUCCUGAUACCGGACCCAUCUUCGUUACGCAUUCCUGAUGACAACGAAGACUCCGACUCCGACAUGGAGUUUGCUCAGAUCAUACACACCCAACACGCACAUGCUUGCACGUACGAUCUCAAAGCGACGAUACGCUUCCGGACAUCCUGCAGAGACGCUAUCAUUGUCAGCUCUCGAAACUUGAACGUACGCUCGGGGCAGGUGUUCCUUAGGAAUUGGUGUUUCGGAGUCGGAGUGUGA